AUGUCUCUCAACGAGCUUCAAGGACGUCUCGCCCUCAUCACCGGCGCUUCAGGGGGAAUCGGAGCAGCAUGCGCCCACCAGCUCGCUGAACAGGGCAUCAACUUAGCUCUUACAUAUGCCACAAACCUAACGGCAGUGGAAAACCUAGUAAAAGACCUCCAAACCAAAUCCAACAACUCCCUCCAAAUCUCAAUCCACAAAGUAGAUGUCGGCUCCUCCUCCGAUAUCGACCGCAUGUUCCAAGACAUUGACCAGCAACACGGCCACCGACCCGAUAUCCUCGUUUCAAACGCCGGGUAUGGCAAGCGCGUACCUAACGUUUGGGACUGUACACUCGAGGAAUUCGAUUACACAAUUCAAGUGAACUUGCGCGCAUCAUUCAUGCUUGUCAAGGGGGUUGUUGAGCGAAUGAAGAGUCAGCGCUGGGGACGUAUUGUAUUCAUGUCUUCUAUUGCCGCGCAGGGCGGUGGUAUUAAUGGAUGUCACUACGCAGCCUCAAAGGGCGGCCUAACAGGAAUGAUGAAAAACCUUUCAACCCGCCUGGCCGAGUUUAAUAUCAGUGUGAACGAUGUUGCGCCGGCCAUGAUUGGUGAUACAGGGAUGAUUCCUAAUGCUGCUGCUAUUCCGGAGGUUGCGGCUGGUAUUCCAAUCGGCAGGCUGGGAACACCAGAGGAAACGGCGAAUGUUGUCACUAUGCUGGUUAAGACUGGCUAUAUGACUGGUCAGAGUUUGUUAUUGGCUGGGGGUUGA